CCUCCUGCUGCCGGUUCAUCUUCACCCUUUUGCAGGAACUGUCACUGUGAGCUGGAGCGCGCCCUGCAGCAGACCACAGACCACAGGCAGGAGAGCCCUGACUAUGUGCUCCAGAGCCACGGCAUGCCAAGGGAGGAUGAUCACCCGCACAGGCAGCCCUCUGAGAACACACAGCGUGGUUUCCAGAUGCACCUUUACUACAGACGGGUGACACCACAGAAGAGCAACCCAGACAGACAAGAGGUUCACUGGGCUUGGCAGCCUGCAGAGAGCAGCAAGAUGAAAGCCCAUCUUUCGGCCCCGCAGCUGAAAUCCCAACUCUCCAGCCCCAGAAAAGCAAGCACAGGGGAUAUAUUUCCAGAUGUUCCUGAAAGUGCCACCACAGCUCUAGGAGAUACUGAUGUCCUCUUCACAAACAGCAUUGCUGCAGAGGAGCACAAGAAAAUAACAUCACCCCAGAUGAUGCGGGUGACGUUGCAGAGCCCACCUCAGCAUCAAGCCAUGGGUUCUCCACCCCAACCUUGGGGUGACUCAGUCAAACACCCCGUGCUCGAUACAGCCCAGCUCCUGAGGGCAGAUGACUUCUACAGGACAGAGCUGGAAGGAGGACUGCUCCCGAGCUGGACAGAAAUCUCUACAGAUGUGAUGGCCCUGGGGGAUGGUGGGCAGGUAGAAGACGCCUUCUUUCAGAAAGUGUGCAAACCCAAGACCAACAUUGUUUUCCUGAAGGUCCACAAGAGCGCCAGCAGCACCGUCAUGAACAUCCUCUUCCGCUUUGGUGAGAUGCACAACCUCACCUUUGCCUUCCCACUCAGGGGCGGCCACCAGCUCUUCUACCCACGCCACUUCAUGGCGAGGUUCGUGCAGGGCUUCUCCCCUAGGAAGCCUCCCCAGUUCAACAUACUGUGCCACCACAUGCGCUUCCUGCGGCCCGAGGUACAGAAAGUGGUGCCCAGCACAGCCGUCUACUUCUCCAUCCUGAGGAACCCCGUGCAGCUCAUGGAGUCCUCCUUCGUGUACUACAAGGGCACGUCAGCCUUCUCCCGCGCCCGCAGCCUGGAGGAGUUCCUCAGCCAGCCCUACCGCUUCUACGACCCCAAGGCCGGUGACAGCCAUUACGCCAGGAACCUCAUGACCUUCGACUUCGGCUUCAACCCCGACGCGGAGGUCACGGCCAAGAGGGUGAACUUAAUGCUGAGAGCCAUCGAGGCGUCCUUUGACUUGCUGCUCAUCUCAGAGUACUUCGACGAGUCCAUGGUGCUGCUGAAGGAGACGCUGUGCUGGGACCUGGACAGCGUCGUGUCCUUCCCACUCAACAGCAGGGACAGCAGCACCAGGUCCCCGCUCUCUAGCGUCACAGCUGAGAAGAUAAAGGCCUGGAACAGGCUGGACUGGGAAAUCUACACCCACUUCAAUAGGACCUUUUGGGAGAGGAUCGAGCGGGACAUCGGGAGGGAGCGCAUGUGGCGCGAGGUCAGGGCGCUGCGACAGAGGCAAGCGGAGCUGGCGAGGACCUGCCUGCAAGGGACGGGCAGCGUGGGCCCAAAGGACAUCAAGGACUCCUCCCUGAGGCCGCUGCAGUAUGGCAACGCCAGGAUCUUGGGCUAUAACCUCAAGCAGGGCUUGGACGAGGCGACGGAGCGCAUGUGCCGGCGCCUGGUGACCCCAGAGCUGCAGUACAGCACUGCUCUCUACAAGAAGCAGUUUCCCCCAAAUCCCCCACAGAAUACCCCCCAAAGACCCCUCCAGAAGCCCCCUCAGCUCGCUCCCUCGCUGCAGGGCAUGCAGCAGGGUAAAGCCGUGCGGUACAGGCUGGAGGGCACCCGGCACUGA